AUGUCUUCAAAUAAACAAAAUAAUCAAGAAAUUUCAUCAUCUACAGAUCAACAAAUCAAUAGAAAUAAUCCUAUUACAACAAAUCAAUUUCGAUCAGAAGAUCAAGUACCAACUUCUGAACAAGUUCAAGAAGUUGACGUUGCCUUAGCUGAUCAGAGUGAUAGUUGGGAAACCGAUGAUGAAGGUGACUUUUAUACUGAAUCAUCGAAUGGUCGGUUAUUUGAUCAAGACGACGAUGAUGAUUUACUUGGUUCAGGUUUAUCUAGACAUUUAAUUGAAUGUUAUCCAAUGGCAACUGCUGAAGAAAUAUCAGUAGUUGGUGUUGUAUGUGAUAUUUGUCUUAACGAAUAUAAGGCUAAUGAUAAAGUACGGACUAUUCCUUGUUUACACAGAUUUCAUACACGAUGUAUUGAUAAAUGGCUUAAGAAAAGUAGUAAAUGUCCAAUGUGUCGAAGUGAUUUACGAAAAUCGAAAUGGUAUUCACCAUAA